AUGGCUGAUCCUUUCCUAUACAAUACUGGAGAAAGAUCUCGGUAUGGGUGCCUUGGACAUGAAGUACAAAUUGAGCACAUCAAGGCAUAUGUCUGUAGACCAUCUUUUUUCACAGACAAAGCUGUGAUCGUGAUUCAUGAUAUAUUUGGAUGGCUGUUCCCAGACAUUAGAUACAUAGUCGAUUUGAUUGCAGGUCAUGGAUACAUAACCAUCUGCCCAGACUUCUUCAAGGGGACAGACCCCUGGAAAACUACUGAUCACUGGGCUGACUUUGCUGACUGGAUGAAAGCUCAUGAUCCUAUGAAAGUAGACAAGGAAGCUGAUGUUGUCUUGAAGUAUCUAAAGGAACAAUGCGGUGCAAAGAAGAUUGGUAUCGUUGGGUUUUCCUGGGGUGGAAUGGCAGUACAUCACUUGAUGCUGAAAAAUCCUCAAUUAACCGCUGGGGUGUCCCUCUAUGGAAUAAUUAGGGACUCUGAAGAAAGAUACAAUUUACUAAAUCCCACAUUUUUCAUUUUUGGUGAGAAAGACCACACUAUUUCUUAUGAUCAGAUCACCUUACUGGAGGAGAAGUUGAAACAGUACUGUAAAGUCGCAUAUAAAAUUAAAGUUUAUCCUGGACAAGUUCAUGGGUUUGCACAGUUGAAGCCAGAAGAUAUGAAACCUGAUGAUAAACCUUAUAUUGAAGAAGCUAGAAAGGAUAUGAUUGAUUGGAUCAAAAUGUUUAUUUGA